AUGCACACCACCACGUCAACACCACCACCACCACAACAACACACACCCACGCAUCGCGCCACAAUGUCCGAGCAGUCACGCAGGCGAGAGGUCGAGAUGUACGCACACACGCUGCGCACACGUCUUCAGCUCGCAUCGAUCAAAGCGCUCGGCACCAAGUUCGACGCUGCACCCGUCCAACCUCUGGCGACGAGUCUGGUUGCCAACACCACCGACGACUCGCAAGUGUCGACGCCCGCACUGUCGCAGACCGAAUCGUCAUCCUCGAGCCGAUCCACACGCUCCAUCUACCUCGAUAUCUUUGGUACGGAUUUCCGCCCCAAGUCGCUUUCGCGCACCACCUCUUUCGCUUCAUCGUCGUCGCGCCCCCGGUCGGGAGAGUCGCCGUGUGCAUCCACAUCAGGCUCGACACGGUCGCUGCUGGACCGUACCGCUUCGUCGCCGCAGCUCGGCUCGCCGGAACGAAGCAAUGGCCGAUUUGACUGGCACAACAAUCCGACGCCCGCCAUGGUCGCACACGAAACCCGACUCGCCACCCCACCCUUUGCACUGCCCGUAUCGCCGUGUAAGCGACGCCGCGAGACGAGCCACACCACCACCACCACCACGCCGCGCCGGUCGAGACUCCACAGUACGGGCUUCCUGCCCAACGGGCAUCCGGCAUCGUCGCUCGCGCAGGACCUGGGGUUGACCACUCCACGCACGCCGCGGUCGCGCCACGCAUCGGGUCGGCAUAUUCUCGUGCAUGCAGUGGACCAGGACCAGGAGGAGCGUGAUCGUGUCGCCACGACGCUCGCUGCACUGGCAGAAUCGCGUGCCGCCAGCAGUGGGAGCGACUCGAGCGGCUCCGACCGCCCCCACACACCCCCGCAGCAUGGACUGGGCAUCGGAUUCAGCCCCACACUCAAGCGCACCGUACCUCCCGCCAAACGGCACAAGCGCAAUGUGUCGUGGUCCGUCCCCGCGCUGCCUGCUGCCGAGGAGGAGGCCGAGGAUCGCACUGCCGCCGACUAUCUACUCUUCCUCGCAUCCAGUCCAUCACCUUCGUCGAUCAAGCGCUUUUCGUCCGAUAUCGAGCCCGCCGCCGCAGGAGUACUCGCUACGCCGGCGCAUACGUCGCUCUGGGAUCCGUUCGGCGAACCCCGCAGCCGGACCACGACACAACGAGGUGAACCCCUAACUCCACCACCCUCUGCUCGAAAACCUUCUGCUGCUGCUGCUGGGGUAGGGGGAUUGGAUACGCCUCGGGAUGCGCACGAGUACAUGGCGACACGCACGCCGAGGUCACCGCGCACACCGCCGCCGUCGAUGCUGCGCAACAGCGGCUGCUUUGAAGUGGGCACCCCCGCCGCACCCGGCGGCGACACCAACUUCCACUAUGCCGACUUUGUCAAUGUCUCCCCCAGCCCGCAGCCACCCAGCACGGGCAGAUUCGCUAAUACCUAUGCUCCGCGUGGCGAGCUCAGGACUCCGACAAAGAUCAACCGUCACCGAUUCGAGCGUCCCUCUUAG